AUGGGACACUAUAAGUUAUCCUCGGGAAAGAGGUUAACGCUGUCACUGGCAAUGGCAUCACUGGUGGCUGCAUUUGGAUCAUCUUUCCAGUAUGGGUACAAUGUUGCUGUUGUCAACUCUCCCUCAGAAAUCCUGAAACACUUUUACAAUGAAACUUACUAUGAUAGGACUUCGAAAUAUAUGAGCAGUAGCUACGUGACCCUGCUGUGGUCUGUCACUGUAUCCAUGUUUCCUCUAGGAGGCUUAAUUGGGUCACUCAUAGUAGGCCCAAUGGUAAAUAAAUUUGGUAGAAAGGGGACCUUGCUGAUCAACAACAUCUUUUCCAUUGUCCCUGCCAUUUUGAUGGGAUGCAGCAAAGUGGCCAAGUCCUGUGAGGUGAUCAUCUUUGCCCGAAUUGUGGUGGGAAUAUGUGCAGGUCUGUCCUCCAGUGUGGUUCCCAUGUACUUGGGAGAGUUGGCCCCCCAAAACCUGAGAGGGGCCAUCGGUGUGGUCCCCCAGCUAUUAAUCACUUUUGGGAUCUUUGCAGCCCAGGUCUUUGGUUUUCGGAGCAUCUUAGCAACUGAAGAUGGAUGGACCAUUCUCCUUGCCCUGAAGGCAAUCCCUGCAUCCCUGCAAGUGAUCUUGCUGCCCUUCUUCCCAGAGAGUCCUCGGUAUAUCCUGAUUCAGACGGGAGGGGAAGAAGGAGCCGGAAAAGCUUUAAAGACACUGAGAAACUCUGAGAAUAUUGAGGAUGAGGUGGAGGAGAUCCUUAUGGAGCAUGAGGUCGAGAAGGCUGCUGACAUAAUGUCUGUGGUGAAAAUCUUCAGCACAAACUCCCUCAGAUGGCAGUUCAUUUCCAUCAUUGUCUUGAUGGCUGGCCAGCAGUUUUCAGGAGUCAAUGCGGUCUACUACUAUGCAACCCAGAUUUACAGGACAGCAGGAGUGGUUGAAUACAACAUCCAGUAUAUCACAGCGGGGACAGGAGCAGUCAACGUGGUGAUGACCGUCGUAGCGGUCUUCAUUGUGGAGCUCUUAGGGAGGAGGUUGCUCCUCAUAACUGGCUUCGGUACGUGCUUCCCGGCAUGUGUGGUGUUAACAGUGGCCCUUUCACUCCAGAACACUGUUAAGAGGAUGCCUUUUCUCAGCAUUGUUUGUGUGAUCACCUAUAUUAUAGGGCAUGCUAUUGGACCUAGUCCAAUUCCUUCACUGAUUAUUGCUGAAAUCUUCCUGCAGUCCUCCCAGCCAGCUGCAUUCAUGCUUGGAGGCACUAUCCACUGGCUCUCUAUGUUCGCUGUGGGGCUACUCUUCCCUCUCAUUCGGAAAGGUCUUGGUGCCUUCAGCUUCCUCAUCUUUGCUGGGGUAUGUCUCUUCACCGCACUUUAUUCCUACUACAUCAUCCCAGAGACCAAGUCUAAGACAUUUGUGGAAAUCAACCAGAUUUUUGCCAAGAUUAAUAAGAUGUCAGAAAUUCAGCCAGAGAAAGAGAAAUCUUCCAGCUUCUAUCCUCCCACUAUUCCGUAG